AUGCCCGCCGUCACCGAAUUCAUAUACUUCCAAACCAAGAGCUCCGUGAAGCCCGAGGAUCCCUCAAAUGAUGAAGGCGCUGCUCUCCUCCAACUCUUCAAAGCAACAAAAUCACAAAGCGGACACCUCAGCUCAGCAUGGGGCCGUACAACGGAGGACGAAAAUAUUAUUGUUUGGGCGAUUGACUGGUCCGACUCGCACAGCGGAAUCCAACAAACCAACUCCCCUCUCGACCCUUUCCUCGAGCAGAACACCCAACUCACGACCUUAUACACCACCCUUCAACCGUCCGAUUUGGAAGAUCCUGCAACGCAAACCCUCCUCUCAAACCCGAUAACAGAGCUCACGCCGCUCGCGUUCCCGACUUCGCUCUCAAAACCAGACCGCUCGGCUCUCAGCACUGACCUCGUAAAUUUCCGCACCACACUCCUCCAGGAAGUCGAGGAGCAGGUGCGAAGUAAGACCUUCUUACUGGGGCAGGUGGAGAGACCCGGAGAGUUUGAGCAUGAUAAGAGCGAUUCUGGACAGGUGUUCGUGCAAUUCUUAGUGGUUGGGUGGGAGAGUUAUGACCAGCAUCAGGAGGCGAGAGGAACCGAUGGUUUCAAGCAGAGGAUAACGCCAAUUCGAGAGAAGAUGAUUUCACCAUUGAACAGACUGGGGAUGAAGCAUGUUAAAUUCCAGAAGGUUUAA